AUGAGUUCUGGAAUGCCUGAAUUGGGCUCCAAGAUAAGCCUAAUAUCUAAAGCAGACAUUCGCUACGAAGGCCGGCUUUUCACCGUUGAUCCUCAAGAAUGUACCAUCGCUUUGGCUAGCGUGCGUUCGUUUGGUACCGAGGAUCGUGAGACACAGUACCCUGUUGCACCACAGAGCCAGGUGUAUGACUACAUCUUGUUCCGUGGUUCUGACAUCAAGGAUAUUCGAGUGCUGAACAAUGUCCCCUCCAUACCCAAUGACCCGGCUAUCAUGCAGAUGUCUGUGCCACCCACACUGGGUGCCGGCAGCGCACCGGGCCAGUUCACGGGCCAAUACAACCACCCCGUGGUCGGGCAGGCGCCUUACCCCCAGUACCACCCGAUGGCAGGAUUUCCAGGAGGUGUCCAUCCCCAGAUCAACAAGACCAGUGAGUUGUCUCCGCAAACCUCAGUGGAGCUGGCACCCCAGCCCCCGCCUGUCACGGGUCCGAUUGGCUCAGGAGUGGCGCAUCACGCCAAUCAAGUGAAAGACCAAGGCUCAAUGCUUGAUCUUAUUGGAGGAGGAUCUCAGCAAAGCGCGUCGCGGUCAGGUACGCCGGCCGUGGGCGCGCACAGGAAGAGCCCUACUGCGGACCAGGGCACGCAGGUCGGCUCUGUGGCUAGUGGGUCUAGCCAGCAGCGAGACAGCCGACGCAACAGCAACGGUCAGGCGCAGAAGGGUCCGGGAAACCGUAACCGCACGAACUCACGCAACCGGCAGCGCUACCCCAGCGGCGGCGCCCCAUCCACGCACCAGCCGCAGCACCAGGGCCAGCAACACUCGCAGCAACAUGCGCAGCACAGCCAACACAGUCAGCCCUCCACCAACCAGCAGGCACAUCACCAUCACCAAGCUGGUAACUUCUCUGGAGCCGGGCAGGGCUACAACCGUGGCGGUUGGAGAGGCCGGCCCCGUGGUCGCGGUCGUGGUUUCGUGCCCCGCAACAAGAAUACCCUGAAGUUCGACAAGGAUUAUGACUUUGAGCAAGCUAACACUGAAUUUGAGGAGCUACGUAGCCAACUUGCCAAGACUAAGAUUUCUGAUGGAGAGGUGAAAGUUGAGGAGUCUGAAGUAAUUAUUAUAACGCAGGGUGAGGUUGACAAGAAGGAUGACUCUGGAAAUGAGACUGGCGCGGGUGAACCCGAAGUUGAUGAAGACCAGAAUGGUUAUACAGGAUAUGACAAGAACAAGAGUUUCUUUGACAACAUCUCCUGUGAGGCUGUUGAGAGGUCUAAGGGCAGGAGCCAGCGAACAGACUGGCGGACGGAGCGCAAGUUGAAUUCUGAGACGUUCGGCGUGGCGUCCGCGCGCAGGGGAGCGUGGCGCGGCCGCGGGGGCUGGCGUCAUCACAACCCUCAGCAUCAACAGUACGCUAACUACGUACACAGUUUCUCAGACGACGGUAGAUGGCGUGCGAUGCGCGGUGGUCCCCGUGGCGGUCCGCGCGGCGGAGGGCGAGGUCCCCGGCCGGCGCCCGCGCCCGUCGCGCAGCCCUCCACCACGCAACCGCAGCCCGCACCCACUGCGGGUAUGUAG